GACGGAGGCAGAAAGUCACCAAAAUGGACAGGUCCUCAUCCUUCAGUAGUAUUACAGACUCCACAAUGAGUCUCAACAUUAUCACUGUCACUCUCAACAUGGAGAAGUACAACUUCCUGGGCAUCAGUAUAGUGGGUCAGAGUAAUGACAGAGGAGAUGGAGGCAUCUAUAUUGGCUCCAUUAUGAAAGGUGGCGCGGUGGCGGCUGACGGCAGGAUUGAGCCUGGAGACAUGCUGUUACAGGUAUAAUAGUCAGCAGUCUGAAUCAGUCUGAUCAAGAGACUGAUCUAAUGUGCUUUUAGGAAGAUAAAAAAAAAAAAAGUGCAUUCAAGUAAUUGCCAGUAUCCACAAUGUUACUCACAGGGAAAUUCUGUCACCAUUU